AUGAGUUCAAUAAGCAAAUUAAAUGAGUUCUCAGAAGAGAGUAGUUGGACUAAAUACUUUGAGGAUUUCAUUAACAAUGAUCAUAAUAAUAUUGAUGGUGAUGAAAACAAAUUAAAUGAUCAUAGUGAACAAGGUGGUAUGGAGUAUAUGAAAAGAUUGAGUCUCAAGAAGAGGAAGAAAAUCAAAACUAGUUUGGUUGAUCAUGAUUUGGAAGAUACUGCAAGUUCUCCUAUCAAUAGCCCCAAGAUAUUCAAGGCAAAAGAGAAGGACGAAAUAGACCAAUUUUAUGAGGAGAAAGGAAAUACUGAAGGAGAAAAAGAUGAGAGGGAUGAAGUGGGAUUUAAAGAAAGGGAUACUAGUAAUGAACAUUCAGAACUGAAUAAAAAAGGGUUUUGCUUAGUUCCUAUGUCUAUGAUAAUCAACUAUAUAGCUUGA